AUCGUAAAUAAAUGUACAGUAUACAAGGCAGCGUAGAAACACACGGAUUUCUUGUCGCUCUACGAGGUAGAAUGUUUGAAAAAGGAAGGCUGAUUUGUUUCGUUUCUAUUUUCUACAUGUUGGUAGUUGUAUGUGACAGCAACAGCUACAUGAAGAUUAGAGAAAACAGUUCUUCUAAAAAUGUAAUCAAGUUUGAAUUUACGGAUGAACUAUUAAAUAAAUUCACCUCCUGCUUGUGUAAAAAUAUAACGCGGCAGUGUAACUUCACGUACACGCAAGAGGAAUCCGACGAUAGAGAAAUGUCAACUACAGCAAAAGCAAAAAUCACAACUAUAGCAGAAGUAAAUGGACCGCAAGGGAGAUCCUUUUUCUGCUUCUCUUGCGCAAUCGAAGAUACAAAUCGCACCAAAGAAAACAUCAAUCGCACCACUGUUUGUCAAAAGCAUUUCUCUGCAGGUGACUGCGUAAAUACAGUCAGUUUUCGUGGCGAGAAAACCUGUGGAACCGAAUGUUUGAGUUUUAAGAAAAAUUAUGACGACGAAUCACUCGAAGUCGAGGACGAUGAAAUUUGUUCUCAAAAAACUAAGGGAACAAACUCAGAAAUUGUGGUCGUCAUAAUAGUUAUUUUGGUUAUCGUUCUUGUAUCUGUGUUAUUUGCUUUUGUCUUAUGGAAUAAAGGAGUAGCUUCAAGGAAAUUUCGAUUUGGCGCUGUAAACAAGACAACAGAGUCGCCAUGCUCUUGUGAAGAUUCCCAAAACUUGCAAGGGAAUUCAGCACAAAACAAUCCACUAGAAAAUUCCUGUUACAAUUACAUCGACACGGCACUGCUAGAAAAUUCCGACUUCGCUGAAGAAGGGAAGACCAACACAACUAAAAACCCACGCACAUCUCCUACAGUCGCCAGCGACGAAUCACCGGUAGUCAACAACGAGUACACAACUAUUGAUGACGUCAACGGAAGCGGCCUUACACAGACCAACGUCCAGUACUCCAGGCUUGGUGAGGUGACCAGAGACUUGACCAACCCGUACCACACAUUGACAACACCCGAAUUAACAACGGCCAACUCAAGUGCAACCCUUUACAUGCGUGGACACAAAGAACUCGAUACGACAGUCAACAUAGACAAACUUACGCUGAGAGACAAUCUAGACUCAACCGAUACAAAAAGUUCUGGUCAAUAUUUUAUUUUAGAGACAGCCUCAGAACAGAAAGCAUUAUGUUAAUUGUUUUCAUCAAACUUAAUUAUAUUUUUACAUCAAAUUUAAUUUGAUAUUAUGGAAAAAAAAUAAUUGUAUCUUUAAAAGUGAAGGGACAAUUUUAAUAAAUUCUUUUUGAAAUAUUGUAAAAAAAAAAAGAAUGUGUUAUUCCUAAUUUGUAAUUAAUUAUUUGUACGAACGCAUUUGUUUACUAAAACAUUGGCUCAUUCUGAUUAAAAUACAAUAUAAAAAUAUUUUUAGAAUCAACAAGAAUGGAAAAGUGGCAGUAAAGUGAAUGAUAUAAUUUUCAAUAAACGUAAAGAAAUUCUUGAAUUCAAAAUGUAUAAAUUCAGUUCGUAAUUUAAAAUGUUACUUUAAAUAAAUUUUUCUUAAAAUG